AUGACCGUGACCAAGCUUUUGUCCUUCAAAACUUUGGAGGAUGACCCCUCGAUUCACCAUGACCUCACAAGUGCCAUUGGACUUCCAAGCCAUUGGUUCAUAGCUCUCUUGGAUAUUAAAUUGAUGAACUUUAUCUUUUCUUUUAUGGCAUUGGGAAAUACCUUCUUUUGUGGGUGA